AUGCCUCCUGACAUCAGUGUGCGUUCAGUGUUGGAAAACAGCUCGGAACCUCUGGAGGGCGACAUCUGCCCUUUCUGCCCAGCCCAGAUAUGGGAUGCUCAGCUUGUGCUGGAUAACAACAUAUGCGAUACACUGGAGUGUAUUCUUGCCAGAGUUACAAUCUGCCAUAAUGGACAUAUCUUUGGGCUCGAUGACGUCAUGGGAUCAGCACCACUUCAAGUCUUCCACCCUCUCCUCUCUCGACUCCUCUUGAGUCGACUCAAAAGCGCCCUCAUCUACCCCCCCUCCUUCUUUGCUCCCAUUCCUCCUGUCGCAGCACCACUUCAAGUCUUCCACCCUCUCCCCUCUCGACUCCUCUUGAGUCGACUCAAAAGCGCCCUCAUCUACCCCCCCUCCUUCUUUGCUCCCAUUCCUCCUGUCUCAGCACCACUUCAAGUCUUCCACCCUCUCCUCUCUCGACUCCUCUUGAUUCGACUCAAAAGCGCCCUCAUCUACCCCCCCUCCUUCUUUGCUCCCAUUCCUCCUGUCUCAGCACCACUUCAAGUCUUCCACUCUCUCCUCCCUCGACUCCUCCCGUGUUCCUGUGGCCCCCCAAUCCGCUGCUUGUUCUACUUGUUCUUCCAUCUGCUGUGCAGCACCACACCAUCUUAG